ACUUUCAGGCUGGACACCUCUCCAGCCAAGCCAAACCUGCCUGGCUUUCCACUCUGCAGGGUCCCCUCAGAGACAGCAUGGCUACCCGGUACCUUUGUCUCCUGAUUUGUACCUCCCUGCUGGCUCCGGCAGCACUUCUUGCCUUUGACAUAAAAAACUUACAUCUUUGCAAUGGCACACUGGAUGAAAUUAUGAAUCUUCACCCAGAGUCCUUCCAGCUUGAUAAGGAUGACAAACAUGUUCGGCAGGUCAGAGACAUUGCCCCUCAUCCACCAGUGGCUCAUGGCUGGCCCAAGGACUGCAGCGAGAUCCCUGCUGGUAGCCGCAGUGGUGUCUACAUAAUCCAGCCAAAAGGACUCCACCAGCUUGUGGUGUACUGUGAAAUGAAUGUGACAAAUGGGGGCUGGACAGUCAUCCAGAGGAACCAGAAAGACACAGCUGUCACCUGGGCUGAGUCCUGGAGCACCUAUAAAUAUGGCUUUGGGAAUGUGCGCAGCGAGUACUGGCUGGGCACCGAGUAUAUUCAUCAGAUUGCCAAGCAGAAGGUCUACCAGGUCAGAUUUGUCAUCUGGGACACCAAAAACAACAUCAAAUUUGCAGACUACAACCUCUUCAGUGUGGAAGAUGAAUCCCAUGGCUACCGGCUGAGGCUGGGCUCCUACACAGGGACAGCGGGAGAUGCCAUGACUUCAGACAAUCCCAACACUAUGCAUGACAACAUGAAGUUUUCCACAAAAGAUCGGGAUCAGGAUACUUACAGUAAGAACUGUGCCUAUAGCUAUGAGGGCGGGUGGUGGUACUCAGCAUGUUAUUCUGUACGGCUGAAUUUCAAGGGUGGCAUGACAUGGGGUAGCCUGUGUAAAGGGGACUGCAAAUCCUCCCUUAUCCUCAUCAAACCAGCUCCAUACUGUUAGUGCUUCUUCCCGCUCCUGUAUGAACUGGGUGCUCUCAAAGGCUCUGCACAGCUUGAGCGUUUCUGUAGCAGAGAGAAGAGCCUAAGAGUAUCAGGGUUUUAUUGAAAUGCCUCUUUCUUUUUUCUGUCUCUGAGUGGCUUCCCCUUUCUUUAGCUCUUUCCUUGUGCUUGCCAAUGAUUCCUUUUUAUUACGUUCAUAAUCAAGAAAAAAAAAAAAAAAGGUGAAACGUGGAUUCUGCAUAUACCUUCCCUGUUGGAGGAAGACACUGAACCCUGUAAUGACUUUUUGUCAGUGAUUAUUAGUUGCCUCCAGAAUUCACAAUAAGCAAAACAGCUUUGUGCCACGAAUUCCAUACACUCUGUGUCUCUCUGUGGUGUCUGGUAAAGCAGCCAAAUAAAUUUGCUUCCUUGAGCUCCAUUAAUGAA